CGUGAGAAAUUGAUAAGAUUGAAAGUGAUUUGAAAGCGAUAUAGGAGGACAGUCAGAAUGGAAAAUGAGCCAGGAAAAUGAAGAGUGGUAAAUGCCACGCACAACCAGUAGCUCUACCAGCUUCUGUACCGACAAUAAUGCUGACGGCGAUAAGCGGCCAUAUACAGCGGUGAGCGGACCAUAUGCGAUGAGUUCCUAUGGGCCCACCGACGGAGCACACAAAUACACCUGGUGGGAACUCCACCACAAUGGAUACGUUCUCAAAACACCCAUUUUCGAAUGGUUCCUCAAAGCUUUUUCUAUAAUUUGACAAUUUCGGAGCUCGGCUCCGCGUCUCAUAUCU